AUGAUUUAAAUACUUUUUGCUACUCAGACAGGAAAUUCAGAAUUUUAUGCUGAAGAAGUAGGUAGACAUUUAGAGAAAGCAAUCGUCUCUUCGAUUGAAGACUUCGAUUUCUUGACACUUCCUGAAUAGAAGCGAGUCAUUUUCAUAGUAUCAACCACAGGAGAUGGGGACAUGACUACUGAUAUUCUCAAAUUUUGGCAGUUUCUAUUGAUUAAAGAUUUGCCAAAAGAGUCUCUAAUUAAACUUGAAUUCACGGUUUUUGGACUUGGAGAUUCCUCUUAUCCUAAAUUCAAUUACGCAGCUAGAAAAUUAAGAAGUCGACUCUUGUAAUUAUCAGCAAAGGAAUUUGUGCCAAGUGCAUUUGGGGAUGAAUAGCACCCUUGUGGAAUCGAUACAGAAUUUGUUAUUUGGUUUGAAAACCUUGUAAAGAAAUGCGAGACUCAGACCAGCAUUUAAUAAUAUAUAAAAAUUGAGUAAACAGACACUUAUGGAUAGUAAAAGGGUGUUUAAUAGUCUGACUUUGAGUUUACUAACAAAAAAAGGUUGAGUGCUGAGUAACAUGAUAAAGAAACUUACCAAUAUAAUUUUAAAUGUAAUAAACUAUAUGAAUGUGGUGAUAUUUUAUGUGUUAAACCAAGAAAUUAGGAUAAGCUAGUAUCAUAAUUUUUAGCAAUACUGAACUUAGAUGGAAAUAAAUGGGUUAAAUUAGAAGAGCAGAAAUAAAACUAAAAAUCAAAGAAAAUUCCAAAAAUUAUAUCUAUUCAACAACUGUUUUCUGAAUUUUUGGAUAUCACUUCUCCACCUAAUAGAUAUUUCAUUAAACUAAUGAGCCAAUAUGCAGAAAGAGAUAUUCAUAAAUAAAAAUUAACUGAAAUGUGUGCUUAAACACCUGAAGGUUUAGAAGAAUAUUAUAGUUACGUUUAUAGAGAAAAAAGAAAUGUUUAUGAAGUCUUGUAUGAUUUCUAACCAUGUUUUAUUCCAUUAGAAUUCUUAAUUGAUUCUUUGAAGCUAAUAAGGGAGAGAUAGUAUUCAAUUAGUUCUGCUUAUGAUGGAGAGUAAAUAAGCUUAACAGUGGCCUUAGUAUCAUAUACCACAGGUAAGAACAGACCAAUCAAAGGAUUUUGCUCUAAUUAUCUUGAUAAUUUAGUACAUGGCCAAUAGAUUGAGGGGAAAAUAAUAAAAGGAACCAUCGCAUUCCCAAAAUAAUUAGAAAUUCCAAUAAUUAUGGUUGGACCAGGAACUGGAGUGGCUCCAUUCAUUGGAUUUAUUGAAUAAAGAGUGAAGUAAGGAGCAAAAAAUAAGGAGAAAACGAUUUUAUUUUUUGGAUCAUGUUAUGAGAAUAAGGAAUUCUAUUAUAAAGAAUUCCUAUAAGAAUCUGCAAUCACAUUAUUUACUGCAUUUAGUAGAGAUCAAUAAAAGAAGAUUUAUGUUCAACAUAGAAUUUUGGAAAAUAGAGAUUUAAUUAAUAAAAUUGUUAGGGAAAAUGCUCAAAAUGUGAUGAUUAUUGUAACUGGAACAUCAAAGAAGAUGCCAACUUAGGUUGAGUAAGUUUUCAAAGAGUGCUUGGGGGAGUAAAUGUUGUAGGAAUUAAAAAGGAGGAAACAAUAUUUAGUUGAGUGUUGGUGA